CUUAUCUUUUUCUAACCUUUCGCAUUUUUUAGUCUCAUUUCCUGUCGGGUUUUGCAUUUCCCUCCCCCGCCCCUCCUAGCCUAUGACAUACUUUCUCUCCUUUUUUCUCUCCUGCCUCCUCUGGCCUUCGGACUCCCGCCCGCGCCGCCCUCAGCCCCCUCCUGGCCCUGCAGCCCCUGGGCGGGCGGCGCCCCUCGGAGGACGGGUCCGGGCCCGCGGGGACGGAGGGCCCGGUCGCCUGGAGGAAGCCGGAGGCCUGCGUGGAGGAGGCGCCCCACGCUGCUGGCGGAGCAUGAGCGCCCCAGAUCCCGAGCACUGCAAGUCCAGAGGCAACGGGAGCCUGGCUCGAGGGAAGACAAGAUCCGGCCGGAAAGUGUGAAAGUCACACCCCAAUGACGGGAUAGCAGCCCCUGUGUGUGAGCACCCCUCCAUGCCAGGAGGAGGGCCAGAGAUGGAUGACUACAUGGAGACGCUGAAGGAUGAAGAGGACGCCUUGUGGGAGAAUGUGGAGUGUAACCGGCACAUGCUCAGUCGCUACAUCAACCCCGCCAAGCUCACGCCCUACCUGCGUCAGUGUAAGGUCAUUGAUGAGCAGGAUGAAGAUGAAGUGCUUAACGCUCCUAUGCUGCCGUCCAAGAUCAACCGGGCAGGCCGGCUGUUGGACAUUCUACAUACCAAGGGGCAAAGGGGCUAUGUGGUCUUCUUGGAGAGCCUGGAAUUUUAUUACCCCGAGCUGUACAAACUGGUGACCGGGAAAGAGCCCACCCGGAGAUUCUCCACUAUUGUGGUGGAGGAGGGCCACGAGGGCCUCACGCACUUCCUGAUGAACGAGGUCAUCAAGCUGCAGCAGCAGAUGAAGGCCAAGGACCUGCAACGCUGCGAGCUGCUGGCCAGGUUGCGGCAGCUGGAGGAUGAGAAGAAGCAGAUGACGCUGACGCGCGUGGAGUUGCUGACCUUCCAGGAGCGGUACUACAAGAUGAAGGAAGAGCGGGACAGCUACAACGACGAGCUGGUCAAGGUGAAGGACGACAACUACAAUUUAGCCAUGCGCUACGCACAGCUCAGUGAGGAGAAAAACAUGGCGGUCAUGAGGAGCCGAGACCUCCAACUCGAGAUCGAUCAGCUAAAGCACCGGUUGAAUAAGAUGGAGGAGGAAUGUAAGCUGGAGAGAAAUCAGUCUCUGAAACUGAAGAAUGACAUUGAAAAUCGGCCCAAGAAGGAGCAGGUUCUGGAACUGGAGCGGGAGAAUGAAAUGCUGAAGACCAAAAACCAGGAACUGCAGUCCAUCAUCCAGGCUGGGAAGCGCAGUCUGCCAGACUCCGACAAGGCCAUCCUGGACAUCCUGGAACACGACCGCAAGGAGGCCCUGGAGGACCGGCAGGAGCUGGUCAACAGGAUCUACAACCUGCAGGAGGAGGCCCGCCAGGCGGAGGAGCUGCGGGACAAGUACCUGGAGGAGAAGGAGGACCUGGAGCUCAAGUGCUCGACCCUGGGGAAGGACUGUGAAAUGUACAAGCACCGGAUGAAUACGGUCAUGCUGCAGCUGGAGGAGGUGGAGCGGGAGCGGGACCAGGCCUUCCACUCCCGAGACGAAGCCCAGACACAGUACUCGCAGUGCUUAAUCGAAAAGGACAAGUACAGGAAGCAGAUCCGCGAGCUGGAGGAGAAGAACGACGAGAUGAGGAUCGAGAUGGUGCGGCGGGAGGCGUGCAUCGUCAACCUGGAGAGCAAGCUCCGGCGCCUCUCCAAGGACAGCAACAACCUGGACCAGAGUCUGCCCAGGAACCUGCCAGUAACCAUCAUCUCUCAGGACUUUGGGGAUGCCAGCCCCAGGACCAAUGGUCAAGAAGCCGACGAUUCCUCCACCUCGGAGGAGUCACCCGAAGACAGCAAGUACUUCCUGCCCUACCACCCGCCCCAGCGCAGGAUGAACCUGAAGGGCAUCCAGGUGCAUGGGGAGGCAAAUCCCCAUCAGCUGAAGCGAACAUCAGAUUUUCAAGUGAAAGGGCACGAGGAAAGAAGGCAGGGCCCAGCUCACUGUGGAUCUCUGCCCAUCACCAACUCCUUCACCAAGAUGGUGAGCUCCCCGAACCGCAGCAGCAUCAUGUCAAUCACCGCCGAGCCCCCGGGAAAUGACUCCAUCGUCAGCUACAAGGAGGACGCGCCCCAUCACUGUAGCACAGUCGAAGAAGACAAUGACAGCGGCGGGUUUGGCGCCUUAGACCUGGAUGACAGUCUGGCUCCUUCUCCUUUGGACCCUCUCCGUUCCUCCUCCCUCCUCUCUCACCAAUCCAAGGGCCUGGAUGCCUACGACCUGGAGCAGGUCAGCCUCAUGUUCAGGAAGUUCUCUCUGGAAGACCCUUCCGACUAGCCCGGUACCUCCGUGGGGAACGCGUGCGGGGCAGGGCCUCAAUUGCAGCACACGGCGUUGAGCGGCGACAGCCUCACCUCCCAGCUCACUGCUGGGGGCAGCGCGCGAGGAGCCGUGCACUCGGUCAAGCCCGGCUCCUGGCCGGCGGCCUCCGGGGAGACAAACGCUGUCUCUUCUCUCCAGCUAGAAGGCUGCAUCCGAGGCGAGAGGCAGAGCGUCCUUUAGACAUACCAAGAGGAAGCCCACUGGACCAUCCAGAGGUGCAGCGGCCCCGUCACGCUGCACUACAAGAUCAACCACGAAGGGUACCGGAAGCUGUGCAAGGACAUGGAGGAUGGCCUGAUCGUCGGGGACUCAUUCUGCAUCGGCUAAACCUGAACAUCUCAGCCAGCUGGUGCCUGCACCAUGUCCCUGAAGUGUGGCCGAUGUUGUGCCGUCCGUGACACCAUGUACCAGGAAAGGCACGUGGCUGUGUGCGCGCGCCCAGCAGCUCCUCCUGGUCAAACUGCAGCGCCUGAUGCCAGGGCAGCCGGGAGGUGGGCGGCACCCACCACACCCUGCCGGGCACUGCGGGCCAGUCUGCCCAAGCACCCUAACACCCUGCAGCCGGAAGAAGCGCUUUCUUAAGCGACCCCCAGUCAGUCCCGUCUCUCCCGAGCAAGCUUCCUUUUUGGCCAGCUCCUUCAGAGUAAGUUCGUCAGCAGGUCCGAGAACAAGUAUAAGCGAAUGAACAGCAACGAGAGGGUCCGCAUCAUCUCGCGAGGCCGCUCGGGGCUGGCCCGGUCCUCGCUGGACGCCACCAAGCUCUUGACUGAGAAGCAGGAAGAACUGAGGCCAAAAGCCGAGCUGGGCAAGAACCUCAGCCUCAUCCCCUACCCAGCCGCUCUGCGCGCCUUCUACUGGCGCCGCCGCUCCGUGCUCUUCACACCCACCGUGCUGGCCAAGCUGGUUCAGAGGCUGCUCCAGCUCGGGAGGAGUGCCAUGGAGUUCACCAUCUGCAAGUCAGAUAUCGUCACAAGAGAUGAGUUCCUCAGAAGGCAGAAGACGGAGACCAUCAUCUACUCCAGAGAGAAGAACCCCAACUCACCAUUCGAAUGCAUCGCCCCUGCCAACAUUGAAGCUGUGCAGGCUAGGAACAAGCACUGCCUGCUGGAGGCUGUCGCUGCACAGAGAGACUUGAUCAAGUCCAACAUCUACCCCAUCGUGCUUUUCAUCCGGGUGUGUGAGAAGAACAUCCAAGAGUUCAGGUAGGGCUUCCAGACCCUAAGGGCUGCCCCCUCCUACGAGGAGGAGUUCCUGCGCGUGUGCCGGCUGAAGGAGAAGGAGCUGGAGGCCCUGCCGUGCCUGUACGCCGCGGUAGAACCCGACAUGUGGGGCAGCGUAGAGGAGCUGCUCGAGUUAUCCCAGAACAAGAUCGGCGAGGAGCAGCGCAAGACCAUCUGGGUGGACAGACCAGCUGGCAGCGCGGCGCCCAGGCAGAGAGGCAGCUGCGAUUUGCAGAGGGUGGACCUGACGGGCACAGCCAAACCAGGCCAGGUUGCACCCUCACAGGCGCAUCCUUUGCAUGUGCAGGAAGCUGCUGGGCAGCAGGCUCAGUUCAAACCCAGGAGCACCCCAGCCUGGGUCCCUGAACUCUCCGGCAUCGUCUUCCCUGGCAGCCCCAAGGCAAGACAGUCGGGUAAAGCAACCGGGGCCUUAGCAGGAAGCUGGGGUUCACGGUGUGGGCAGGAGCUGCAGCUCUACCGGGAAGCAGCCAAGGGGCACGAGGAAGAAGGCACGGACGCCAGCCCCAGCUCCUGUGGAUCUCUGCCCAUCACCAACUCCUUCACCAAGAUGAAUGCCAUCCAGGGCCCCAGCUGGUCCCCACCACCUACUGCCCCUGCAGAAUGCCAUCCAGGGCCCCAGCUGGUCCCCACCACCCUCCUCUCCCUCCAGAAUGUGCAAGCAGAUGUGUUCCAAGCUCGGCAGCUGCGGCCGCGCCGGGCUGAGCACGAGCCUGCUCCAGCCAAGGUUGCCCCUGAGAGCCAGCUCGCUGCCCCCACGCCGCCUGAGUAG